AUGGGAUUUUCAGAAAAUCCCAAAUUCUCCUUGCUUAUAAAUAAGCUUAUCAAGAAAUCUAAAGUUAUAGGCGUUUUCCUAUCAAUUAUUGGUGUGAUUUUUUUUUUGGUGUUUAAUAAGUUUAAUAAGAAUGCUGAAUUAGACGCUAGGACAUUUACCCAAUUUGUUGGUAAUUCAGUAUUGAACAAAAAGAAUGAGAAGUUUUAUAAUGAUACAAAUUCGUAUUUUUUGAACUAUAAAUAUGAAGGGAAAGAAGAUAUAAUAAAGUUGAUAUAUGAUUAUAUUACGAAAAAUAUAUUAGUAAAUGUACAAAAUGAGAUGGUUAAAAUAAAAUUAACGGAUAGAAUUGAACAGAAUAUAUUGAUAAGUAAUGUAGGAUGUAAAUAUUGUAAUAAUAUGGAAAGUUUAGUUGUGGUAAUAAAUUUUGAUUUUAAAGAAAGGAAAUAUUUUCAUAGCGUAAUUAUCGGUUUAACGUUAAUGGAACAUUUUUCUAAAUGUAACUAUAUGAGUAAGGAUGUGACUUUUUUAUUUACAAAUAAAGAAUUAUUAUAUUCUUUAGGUGUUCAAGAAUUUAUACAAAAAUAUUUUUAUAAUAAUACUAAUAUAAUUGGAAAAAAAAUUAUUAGAUCUUCUACUAUUAUUGAAUUUGAUUCUAUUUAUCCUUCUUAUAUUAAAAUUAAUUAUGAAGGAUUAAAUGGUAUGUUGCCUAAUCAAGACUUAAUAUUAUUAUUAACAAAUGAACUUCAUUUUUAUUCUAUUCCUAUUAAAAUGGAGCUUACUCAUGGUUCCAUAUUUGAUAUGGCCCUAGAAAAGAAUUACGAAAAUGGUCACAUAUACUUUCUGAGAGAGAACAUUCCGGCAUUUACUGCAACGGGGGGUAGUAAAGUACCCAUACGAAAUAAAAUGCUUAAUUUGUUCAACUUGACGAAAGCAUUACAAAGUUAUUUAAGAAGUCAGAGUAAUACACAUGAAGGUUUUUGUCAUUCUUCAAAUUUUUAUUUUUUUAAUACAUUCAAAAGGCAUAUACCAAUAAGUAUAUAUUGUUAUAGUGUUUAUUUAAUAUGCGCAUAUAGCAUAAUGAAAUUAUUUAAAUCAACGAUAUUUAGAAGUUAUAUAAAUUUUUUAACAGGUUUCUACACUUAUUUGAUUACAAUAUUAAUUAUUUCCCUACCUAUAUAUUUAAUUUCAACAAAUAAAAAAUUUUAUGAGUUGUUGAAUUUUCAAAAAAAUUAUAUUCCUUCAUGUUAUGAAUGGCAUCCUGAUAAUUUUGAUAAAUAUAUAAAAAUUGCAAAUAUAUGGUGGAAUGUAUUAUUUUUCUCAAUUCUUGGUGCAUUUUUUUUUAAUUUAUUUAUUUCUUUUUUAGUUAAUAAAAAAAGAAAAGUUAUACAAGAAAAAAAUGAUGAAAAUGAAUCAUUUGAUGGCUAUAAAAAGGUAGAGAAGGUAGAACGAAUUUUAAUAUUAGAAAAAAUCAAAGAAUUACAAAAUGAAAUAAUGAAACGAAAAGGUAUUACAAAUAAUCAUAAUAAUAAUAAUAAUAAUAAUAUUAAAAAUUAUAAUAUUUAUACAAAUGAAAAUAUAUACAAUAAUAAUAUAAAUAAUAAUAAUAAUAUUUAUGAAAAUUUAUAUGAUAAUGGAGAAAUUAAAAAAAAUAUUCUGGUUAAACCAAAAAUUAUAAAUAGUGAUGAUGAAGAUUUUCUUCUUGAAAAAAAAAAUUCUGAAUUCAUUAAAAAAAUAGAAAAACAAAUAGAAACAUUAGAAGAAAAAUUGGAAUUUUUAAGUAAUGAUGAAAAUGUAAAAUAUAUUUUUUAUAAUAAUUCUAUAGCACCAUUUAAUACAAUGAUGAUAUAUAUGAAUAUUUUUUAUUUCAUAUUAGUAGCGCUAUUAAGUUCGUUAUAUAAUUGGUCCUAUUCUGUAUUAUUUAGCCUGCUAUUUGUAAUUCCUAUAUCAAUUUUACAUAAUUUAAAAACAAAAUCAGUCAGAAUUUUUCGGAAGAUUAUUCUUUCACUUUUUAUCCUUUGUAUGUUAAUUUAUAUGUAUCCUAAUGAUAAUCAUAUUUGGAAUAUAAGACAGAAACUAACUAAUUUAUUUAGGAAUAAUAUAUCAAAAUGUUGUAAAUAUUUAGACAAGCACAAAAUAUUACAAAGCAAAUAUUUCCCAGAAAGUUUGCAAUUUAUUUGUUCGAAUAGGUUAUUUGAUUCAUUUUACUUAAAUAAAUAUUUUUUGGAUAAUCUAAAUAUUAAAUUUAGUUAUGUCUUGGAUAUUCAAAAUGGAUUCUUAUUAACUUUAUACAAUUUAGCAAGAAAUCAUUUUUGUAUUGGUACAGCUACCUAUCCUCUAAUAUGCUUUACCUUAUUCCCAAUAGUAUUUUAUAUAGUUUUUUUAUUUUUUUGUUAA